AUGGAGGAACGGGUUGAGGCAUUGAGAGCUCUCGAUUGGUUCCACCUGCUUUCCCGCGUCGCAGGGGGUCGUGCUCAGCAGGUUGUGCUUGAAUGUGACGCGCCAGAUCGCGUCGCGGGGCCCCUAGCUGCUCAUUUAGCUUUAUCCCUAAACGCUUUGCGCCCCAUAUCCGUCUACGCCAAUGUUCCACAUCGCAAUAUCACCGUCGGCACAACCAUGUUCGAGGAAGAUGACCUUUCAAACGUCUUCGCGAUUCCAGACUUCCGGAAGCCGUCCAAAUUGCUAAAUGACCAAUUGCCAAGGGCCGACACUGGCUUCUUUGCUCUCGACCUGACAGCCCCAGAGUUGCCUUCUUCAUGCAGUCCUCCCGAUCCUCAGCCCAGCGAACUCUUCACACUCCCUGCCAUAGACCCUGCACCGCAGCAGGAGGAGUCGAACACGGACCAGAUCCCCGAUUUUACGUUUGAAGAGCCCACAGCAGAGGAAGAGGCAGAAGUGGCCGACUUCUGGUUGGAAUUUGACAAGCCCGCCGCGAAGCUACCAGACUACCAGACUUGGGAAGGCUUCCAAUCUCCCGACAUACCCUCGAAAAAGCCGUUGUUCAUAACUGAGGCUGGGCCUGGGGCAUUUGAUGCCUUGAUUGGGCUUCAAGAGGAUCCUCUACGUAUUGGAAGUGCUGACUUCACCGUGGUGGAAGCUGGGACAUAUUGCAAUGCGCUUCUAGCUUUGGCUCUGGGAAGAGACUCAGUGUUCUUCUCCUGGCAAGACGAGCAUGAAGCCUUCAAGCCAGCCUUACCCCGGAUCAGGAUACCGGCAUAUUCGGGUAAGGCUGUCCAGGAAGUUCAGCGUUCGUGUCUUAAGUGUGGCAAUACAUAUCGUCAACUUCGCAAGUUUGUCGACAGCACGUAUUUGAAGAACCCGACUCCAUGCCGCGUUGCUUUGGCGAGCGCUGUGGACAAGGCCCUGUUGGUUAUCCAAAGCAGUUUCGCCUUGCAUCACCAACACCCACGGUCGAUUCUCCAAGUUCAAUCGCUCGUCGCGCACAUAUACACUACUUUGCGCCAGUUUGAGUCCUUGGUGUCAAAGAUACGACGAGAUCAUCUAGAUGAAGAUGUUUUCGUCAUUGUAUUCCAGCAGGCUCAAUCUGCUGAGUACGCCGAGACCCAUCUCAGAGAUAUGAUGCGAGAAGUCCUCCGGCGAGUAUCAAAACCCUGGAUUGAGCUUGUCGAAGAGUGGAUCGGCACACGGCGUGAACUUGGCGUUCCUCUGAGCAAACACGAAGUUGGAAGACAAAAGGGCUUCAUCAAGGUGGAAUCCGAAACCCAUAUGGACGAUUUCGGUGACGAGGUCGACGAGGUCGAUUUCCGCCUUGAUACUGAGCGAAUACCUAGCUUUAUGCCGGAAGAUGUUGUCAAAUCUCUAUUCGAGGUUGGACGAAAUCUUCGUUUCAUAAGGUCAAAUCAUCCCGGACACCCUUUGUCACAAGAGAGCACUAUCUCUUCAAGUCGACCCCCGACAGUUGAGUGGCUUUUUGAUUGGGACUCGGUCGUGCAGUUGGAGGAUAGGAUCCGAUCAUAUGAAAGUGCGGUUCUUGAAGCCAUCAAGAACUUUUCUCUGCAGGGAUCAGUCGAAACAGCGGCACCAGCUUGGCCGAUUGGAAACUCAGCGACCUAUCAAUUGCAGCUGUUUGGUCUAGACGAGAAUCAGCUACAAAGCAGAUUGGCUUUAUCUAUUCAGGACUUCGCCAAACCGAUUGCCGACUCGACGUCCGAAGACCUGCUAGGCAUCAUCAUUCGGGAUCGCUUGUCUGAUGUUACGACCGAGAUCGCCAGUGCAGGCACUGAUUUUACACCGCAUUGGUCACUGCUUCCGAUCCUCUCCUUCGGGUCCAUCAUAUCUGCGCAAUCUAGAGUCGUGGGCAGGGAAAGUCUGAAACUGCUCUUCACAUCCCACAACUUGCGCGAGCAUCUGAAGCUUCAGAAAGAGUUCCACUUGUUGAGUAACGGAUUCUUCUGCAGCCGCCUCUCCCAUGCCCUAUUCGACCCAGAUCUCGAGACGGCAGAGAGACAGUCUGGUGUUGCUCACCAAGGCGGAGUCAUGGGAUUACGAUUAAGCGGUAGGGACACUUGGCCACCCGCCAGUUCUGAGCUACGCUUGGCCCUGAUGGGAGUAUUAACGGAAAGUUAUGAGGGAUCGCUGCACGAAGAUUCAAGACCUCGAGAUGGCGAAAAGAACGAACUCCCCGGGGAUCUUAGUUUCGGAGUCCGGAGUCUCUCAAAUGAGGAAAUCGACAAAUGCAUGGAUCCUACGGGACUAGAGGCCUUGGACUUUCUCCGGCUAUCCUAUAAGUCACCUGCAGCUUUAGGGGCUAUUAUCGCCCCCGUUAUUCUGGUGCAGUAUGACCGAAUUUUCAAACUGCUACUUCGGGUGCUGCGGAUGCAAUAUACUGUCAACCGUAUCUUCCGCGAUGUCACGGCUAGGGAGUCGGGCUGGCAAGAUGUCGAUGACGUAUCUAUUCGCUUCUGCUUUGAAGCUCGUCACUUUGUAUCCAGCCUCAGUUCCUACAUCUUCGAUAUUGGCAUCGGAAUGCCGUGGCAGGCAUUCGAGAAACUACUGAGCCAAAUUGAGAUGGAUCUCAGGGCCGAAGACCAGAGCACAGUCUCUACCUCAGUCCUUAGCCCUGAUCGCCUGAGGGAACACCAUUCUCAAGUGCUUGAUCGAAUCAUGCUUGCACUACUCUUGCGCAAGCGGCAACAGCCUGUGCUCAAGCUUCUCGACGACAUUUUCCGGGUCGUGUUGAAGUUCGCCCAAUACUCGAGACUCCAAAACGAAGGGCGGAAAUCUCGUGGUCAAGGUGACGCUACCGCCAAGGGCCUAUACAAGAUGUUUAAGCGGAAUUUCGAGGUUUUCUUGGCGGUUUGCAAGGGCCUGAGUGAAAAAGGAGAUUACGGAACGAAGGAUACAGCUGGAGAGAAGCUGUCCUCAGGAAGAGUUGACGCACUAGAGGGAAACCCCAUAGCUCAGCUUGUACUGAAGCUAGACAUUUCCAUUAUUUUCGCUUACACAAAGACUUGGGAUGACAAGCGGCCCCGAAGCGGAACAUGGACGGGACAGGAGGCUAAGGUAGCCUGCCCCGCCAAAGUGAUGCCCCGGCUCCGAACCCCCUGGCAGUGCCCCGCAUCGCGUAUCCCACCUGCCCGCGUUUCUCUCUUAUUGCGACCCUCAAGCUCAACAAUCGCCGAACAAGCUAGCACCAUGGCUCGUCCCGGCCCCUCCGCACGGAAUCUCACUCUCACAGAAGAGUUGGAGAAGUUAGAGCAGUCUAUCACCUUGACUCUCCAGGAAAUCGACCACAACUUUAGCAAGGCGCACCGUAUCGUAACCACGAAUAUCUUGCCCAUUGUAGAGCAAUAUGGCGAGCAUUCGCGAAACGUUUGGGAUGCUUCGAAGUUCUGGAAACAAUUCUUCGAGGCCUCGGCCAACGUUUCCCUCUCCGGUUACGAAGAGAACGCCAACAAUGGCAAUGAUGAAACCGGCGCAACUGAAGAGGAGUCGACCGUUCAAGAAGAUACAUCCGUCGACUAUACCCGCACACCCCAACAACAACGCACCGAAGGCGAAGACAUGACCAUAGUUUCGACCGCCGACUCUACUUUCCGUGCAGACGAUUCCGUACUCGAUGACAAUGACCUCACUGGCAGCACACCCCGGCCACCUAAAACAAAGACGAUGAAGCCGCAGUUCUCAAACCUCGAAUCCCCCUACGAGACACUCAAGCGCGAGCUGAAAGGCGAGCCACCUGCACCGCACGAGGAGGACGACGAGAACGAGGAUCUUGGACUCGAGGAGGACUCAACUGUCCUCUUUGCGCAGCACACGGCCCGUCUUCCGGACAUGUCCAUGACACCACGCUCCUCGUUCGCGCCGCCGCAACAGCAGCAGAGCCACAAGGACCCUCUCAUGCACCGCAUGCUUGAUAAGACGUUCCGCAUCCAGGCUACGCCGCACAAGGGUCCCACUUACCGCGUCUCGCCGCUGAAGCGCGACGACAAGAACAAGGAGAAGGAAAACGUACCUGCAUGGCAGCAGGACUCGCCCAUGUCCUCGCCGGUCAUGGCCGUUCCAAAGCUACGUAGCGAGGCCUUCAUGUCUCCUAUCAAGAGCAAUGCCAGACAGCGUCUUGCUGCCGCGACUGCAUCUGCGGGACCGCGAACCCCGGGCGUGAGCGUGCAAACCCCAGGUGGUGCGAGGAAGACCAAGGACGUGUUUGCUACCAAAGGCAACUACGAUGACGAUACGACUACGGAUCUCGGUGCCAAGUUUGAUAAGCAAAGGUACGAGAUCGACUGGGAAAGCGAUAGUGACGAAGACCAUGGGCUGUAUGGCGGUAUGAGUCCGCCCAAGACCAUCCAGUUUGCACUUCCGCCGUCGAAACUGCUUCAGACCCCUGCUCGCGAGGCCAGCAAGCGCAUUGUGGACGAUAUUCUGCUUACGGCUGGCGCCGAGCCGGAAAGCUCAGAGUAUAGUCCUACGAUGGUCAAGAUGAACGAGGACAUUCUCAAUGAAAGCUUUUGA